GCAGCCUGUGCACGGACACGGAGGAGCGCCUGGUGGAAUACCUGCUGGACCCCGCGCGCUACAACAAGCUGAUCCGCCCGGCCACCAACGGCUCGCAGCUCGUCACCGUGCAGCUCAUGGUGUCACUGGCGCAGCUCAUCAGCGUGCACGAGCGGGAGCAGAUCAUGACCACCAACGUGUGGCUGACCCAGGAGUGGGAGGACUAUCGCCUCACCUGGAAGCCGGAGGACUUUGACAACAUGAAGAAGGUCCGCCUGCCCUCCAAGCACAUCUGGCUGCCUGAUGUGGUACUCUACAACAACGCCGACGGGAUGUACGAGGUCUCCUUCUACUCCAACGCGGUGAUCUCCUACGACGGCAGCAUCUUCUGGCUGCCGCCCGCCAUCUACAAGAGCGCGUGCAAGAUCGAGGUGAAGCACUUCCCCUUCGACCAGCAGAACUGCACCAUGAAGUUCCGCUCCUGGACCUACGACCGCACCGAGAUCGACCUGGUGCUGAAGAGCGAGGUGGCCAGCCUGGACGACUUCACGCCCAGCGGCGAGUGGGACAUCGUGGCGCUGCCGGGACGGCGCAACGAGAACCCGGACGACUCCACCUACGUGGACAUCACCUACGACUUCAUCAUCCGGCGCAAGCCGCUCUUCUACACCAUCAACCUCAUCAUCCCCUGCAUCCUCAUCACCUCCCUGGCCAUCCUCGUCUUCUACCUCCCCUCCGACUGCGGCGAGAAGAUGACGCUCUGCAUCUCCGUCCUGCUCGCCCUCACCGUCUUCCUGCUGCUCAUCUCCAAGAUCGUGCCGCCCACCUCGCUGGACGUGCCGCUGGUGGGCAAGUACCUCAUGUUCACCAUGGUGCUGGUGACCUUCUCCAUCGUCACCAGCGUCUGCGUCCUCAACGUGCACCACCGCUCUCCCACCACGCACACCAUGCCCCCCUGGGUGCGCACCCUCUUCCUCCGCAAGCUCCCGGCGCUGCUCUUCAUGAAGCAGCCGCAGCAGAACUGCGCCCGGCAACGCCUGCGCCAGCGCCGGCAAACCCAGGAGCGCGCCGCCGCCGCCACGCUCUUCCUCCGGGCCGGUGCCCGCACCUGCGCCUGUUAUGCCAACCCCGGGGCUGCCAAGGCCGAGGGGCUCAACGGCUACCGGGAGCGGCAGGGGCAGGUGCCGGACCCCCCGGCCCCGUGCGGCUGCGGGCUGGAGGAGGCGGUGGAGGGCGUGCGCUUCAUCGCAGACCACAUGCGGAGCGAGGACGACGACCAGAGCGUGAGCGAGGACUGGAAGUACGUGGCCAUGGUCAUCGACCGCCUCUUCUUGUGGAUCUUCGUCUUCGUCUGCGUCUUUGGCACCGUCGGCAUGUUCCUGCAGCCCCUCUUCCAGAACUACGCCACCAACUCCCUGCUGCAGCUCGGCCAGGGCACCCCCACCUCCAAAUAGCGCCGGGGGCAAUGGGGGCGGGGGGGACCAGAGGGGAGGGUGGGCUUUGUGCUCUCACCCCACAGCGGAGCCGGGCGGGCAGGGCCUGGGGCAGCCACUGCAAACCAAUAAAUACUCACACAGGAGCGGCCGCUUCG